AUGUUAACAACUCUAUGGAUACCGAUUCUAGUAGCUGUAGGCUUAUGCGGAGCUGCUACACUCCUCAUUCGUCGGAAACAAUAUCCGCCCCUCCCCCCAGGCCCUUGGCGCAUACCUAUCAUCGGUAAUCUGAGAAACCUCCCCAGCCCAAGUCAAAAAGACUGGCUACAUUGGCUGAAACACAAAGAGCAAUAUGGGCCGAUCAGCUCGCUGAGCGUACUGGGAACCCACAUCAUCGUCCUCAAUGAUGCACGACUCGCGGUCCAAUUAUUGGAAAAGCGCUCGGCUAUCCACUCUUUGAGACCUCAGCAGAACUUCACUGACAUGUCUGGAUGGCACAACGUCCUUGGAGCACGUAGGAACCCAGAACAUGUCCGGAAGACACGCAAGAAUUUAUAUCAGGAAAUUGGCUCGAACAAGUCUGUUUCCGCCUUCGAUGAGGUCCAGAAUACUGAAGUCAGUCAUUUUUUGUUGAGGCUCUUAAGUAACCCGGAGAAGCUUCAGCAGCAUAUAAGAAAAGAGGCCGGAGGUAUUGUUUUGAAGAUUGCCUAUGGUUAUACAAUCGAGCCGCACGAUCGGGAUCCUCUCGUGGAUCUGGCUGACAAGGCUAUGGAGGACUUUUCUUCUGCAUUGCUUCCAGCGACGUGGGCGGUCGACUUCAUUCCUUUGUUGAAAUUCCUGCCGGAGUGGUUCCCAGGCGCAUCUUUCAUCAAAAUCGCGAAGACAUAUGACAGAAGACAACAAGCUUUCAGCGACGUCCCCUACGAGUUCGUCAAACAACAGAUGGAAAGGACUGGCUUUUUCCCAUCUUUCCUCUCAAACUUGCUCCAAAGCAAUCCUGUGGAGCAUGGCACCGAGGAAGAAAACAUUGUGAAAUGGUCAGCCGGCUCUUUAUAUGCCGGAGGGGCUGAUACGACUGUCUCAUCAAUUGCCUCCUUCUUCCUUGCCAUGGCCCUAUUUCCCGAAGUACAACGCAAGGCCCAGCAAGAACUCGACACGGUGGUUGGGGAGAAGCGACUUCCACACUUUCAUGAUCGGGAGAACUUGCCUUAUAUCAACGCUCUCGUGAAAGAAGUGCUCCGAUGGCACCCUGUUGUUCCUAUGAGUUUAGCGCACACCUCGAACCAGGAUGAUACAUGUGAUGGGUACUUUAUUCCAAAAGGAUCGUCUAUUCUGGCAAAUAUUUGGGCUUUUACACACGAUCCAGAUGUCUACCAUGACCCCGUGACCUUCAAGCCAGAACGUUUCCUGGCUUCUUCGGAUGGCCAUAUUCCGGAACGAGAUCCCCAUCUUCUAGUCUUUGGUUUUGGCCGUCGAGCAUGCCCUGGGCGUACCCUAGCGGAUGCCAAUGUGUUCUUGACUGUAGCACAGACAUUAGCUGUCUUCAACAUGUCAAAGCCAGUUGUGGAUGGAAAGCCACAAGACAUACUCUUUGAUUUCCUCCCGGGUGUUAUCAGCCACCCGGCCCCGUUCGACUUGUCUAUUAAGCCACGAAGCGUCGAGCACAAGGAACUGAUCUUGUCACUAGAGAAGACAUAUCCCUGGGAGAAGAGUGAUGCGGAACUUCUUCCGCCCGUGCUUGUG